GAGCCUGCGGCUGGCAGCGAGGGCGCGCGGGCACGGCGGCGGGGGCGAGCUCCGAGCACGCGCGCGGCCCGUCCUCCCGCGGCCGCCCCCGGGACUCGGAAGGGCCGCCGGGGGUGUUGGCACCGCGUGGCGCGCGGGGCCGCCGCCGCCGCAGCCCGGGUCGGCCCGGAGAAACCCUCUACGUGGGCAUUGCUGGGACCCUCAUCACAAGGAACAAUGCUGCCCCGAUGGGAACUGUCUUUUUACCUGCUCGCUUCGCUCGGCUUCCACUUCUAUUCUUUCUAUGAAGUUUACAAAGUCUCCAGAGAACAUGAAGAGGAACUGGACCAAGAAUUUGACCUGGAGCCUGGCCCUUUAUUUGGAGGACUAAAGAAGGACCAGACCGACUUUGAGUGGAGCUUCUGGAUGGAGUGGGGGAAGCAGUGGCUCUUGCAGCUCCUCGUGGGUCACAUGGCUGUGUCUCAGCUGGCCACCUGGCUUGCAGGGCAGCACAGGCCCUGGAUCCUCACAGCCUAUGGAAUGUGGGCCUGCUGGUGUGUGCUGGGGACCCCAGGAAUAGCCAUGGUUUUUCUCCAUACCACCGUCUCCUUCUGCAUAGCCCAGUUCCGCUCACUGUUCCUGUCAUGGCUCUGCUCUCUCUCCCUGCUCUCCACACUGAGGCUGCUAGAUGAGGAGAAAAUUAAGAGAGGGUGGUACCAGACGGAAAACGAGUACUUGUUGCUGCAGUUCACACUGACCGUUCGCUGCCUGUACUACACUAGCUUCAGCCUUGAGUUCUGCUGGCAGGAGCUGCCCACGAGGCACGCCUCCUACUCCUUUCCCUGGAUGCUGGCCUAUGUCUUCUAUUACCCAGUCUUCCACAACGGGCCCAUCCUCACCUUCCCGGAGUUCAUUGGACAGAUGCAGCAGCGGGAACACUGCUCGCCGAGGGCCAAGCUUUCCAUCCUUGUCCUGGGGAUAUGCCGCCUCAUCUGCUGUUGGCUGUUGGCCGAGCUGAUGGUGCACCUAAUGUACAUGCACGCCAUCUACAGCAAGGCCCCCCUCCUGAGGGCCGUCUCCUGGUGGGCCUUAGGAGGUCUGGCGUUGGCCCAGGUGCUCUUUUUCUAUGUGAAGUACUUGGUGCUCUUCGGCGUCCCAGCUCUGCUCAUGCGCCUGGACGGACUCACGCCGCCGCCCCUCCCUCGCUGUGUGAGCACCAUGUUCAGUUUCACGGGGAUGUGGAGGUAUUUUGACGUUGGACUGCAUGAUUUCUUAAUCAGGUAUGUGUAUAUUCCAGCGGGCGGGUCCCAGAAUGGCCUGCUGGGGACGCUGUUCUCCACUGCAAUGACGUUUGCAUUUGUGAGCUUCUGGCAUGGCGGGUAUGACUACAUCUGGUCCUGGGCAGCACUCAACUGGCUGGGAGUCACCGUGGAGAACGGAGUCCGGAGGCUUGUGGAGACCCCGUGCGUCCAACACAACUUGGGCCAGUUCUUCUCCCCGCGAGCUCUCCGGCGGUUCCAUGCUGCUCUUGCAUCUUGCUCCACCUCCAUGCUGAUCCUGUCCAACCUGGUGUUUCUCGGGGGCAAUCAAGUGGGGAAAAUCUACUGGAAUAGGAUCUUCAUACAAGGCUGGCCAUGGGUGACCCUCUCUGUCCUGGGAUUCCUGUACUGCUACUCCCAUGUGGGCAUCGCCUGGGCCCAGACCUACUGCACAGACUAAUGCCGCAGGGCCCAGGCCAGCCCUCACCGCUGCCCCCUCCAGGGCUGCCCCUCUAGGGCAGAUGGUGUUCCGCCCUAUCCUGUACUCCGGAUAACCUCCAAGGAACCAGUGCUUGAUCUGCUCAUCUUUUGUUGAAGUUACCUUACUCCACCACUGAGAGCUUGAGCUCUCAUAGAAAAUUGACCACCAGAGAGUUAUUUCACUUUGGGGACUUGGAGAUCAUCUCCCCCAGCCCAGCCCCACUCUUUUCCUGUUGAGUAAGCUGGGGUCCAGAGCAGUAGAUUCAUGCCCAGCUACACACGGCAGCACUAUUGUCUAGAACCCAGUCCCAAGGGCCCUUCAGGUUCUUUCUCCUUUGCAGAGAAUUAAAUGUAAUGGACACGUCUUGUUGGAGGCAGAGAAAUCCUGAUUAGUGAUAGGCCUGUCCUCCACUCCACAGGGCAGUAUCUCUGAAAAACUUUGGUGACAUGUAAGUGACCUCCUCCGCAUGUCCUGCAGUGUGGCUUCUAGAACCAGCACUGGGGUCUGAGCUUCACGCUACAGCUCCUCAGCAGGGAGGCAACCAAAGGCAUAGCUGUGGUUCUAAUUAUCCAGCCAAAGAGGAUGGAAUACGGUCCAUGCAUUCCAAGAAGCCAGCACUCAAGGAGACCUGUUGUCUGAACAUCACCCGGGUUGUCUACAGUUGGCUGCUUGUUCCCUAGAUUUGCAGAGAAGUGUGAGCAUGGCAGUUCCUCCACUUGACAGUUAAUUGUUUCCCAAUGAAGAAGCAGCAUAUAAUACCCAGGGAGAAGUGUGUCCACAAACAGGUGCUGUCGGGCAAGUCACAAACAGAAAGGAUGGUAUCCUGCGGUCUCCUCUUCCCACACAAGUCCCAAAGCCACCUUCCCACUCUGUGGUUUCCAUUGUUGUGUAUUAAGUAAAAUGGAGCCUUUUCUACCACAUA